GCCAUUGCCGUUUUCACCCCCCACACCACCGAGCAAGGAUUCACCAUUCCCCCCUCCCCCCAUCCCUCCUACCCCUACUACGACCUUCCAUCCUGAUCUCCUCCUCCUCCUUCUUCUUCUCCCCCGCCCCCUUCCCCAGGCGGACACAUUCCUCCGCCCCCAAAUCUUGGUGCUGAUCUAGCGCUGCCGCCCCCCGCAUUAAUUGCCCUUCCCCCUUCUUGCUCCAUCCGCAUUGAUUCAAGGGCAAGCAGACAGGGCGGCUUCUCUCGUCACCCCCGCAGAGUCCAAUCCUUUGGUCUUUGGGCCUCGUUGGUUGCUUGUGCUCUCCUGAUCUGUGGAGGGGAGGGGAGGUGAUCUGUGGCGGGUCGUGAUUUGAUCUGAAAGUUGUGAUUUUUGUGGGGGAGGGGUCGGAGGAUUUGUGUUGGCCGUCAUGGGGACGGGGGCGGUGGCGCCGGAACGGCCGAAGCAGCGGCGGGGCGGGCACCUGUGGAAGCGCGCGGUGCUCCACUUCUCGCUCUGCUUCGUCAUGGGCUUCUUCACCGGCUUCGCGCCGUCCUCCUCCUCUUCCUGGAGACCCGGCGGCGGGGCCGGCACGCCGCCGCCGCUUCUCGCGGCGGAGCAGCUCGCUGCUUCCCGUGUCGCGGGCAGCAGGGACCAGCACAUCAGCCUGGCGCCGCCCUCGCCGGAGGGCGCGGCGGCGGCCGGCGGGGGCGGCGCGGUGGUGGACCUGGAGGACGACGAGGAGAGCGGGCCGCGCCGGAUGCUGAUUGUGGUCACCACGACGCGGUCCGGGGCAGGGGAGCGGCGGCGGAGGCGGCCGGAGCUGCUGCGGCUCGCGCACACGCUGCGGCUGGUGCGCCCUCCUGUCGUCUGGGUGGUGGUGGAGCCGGCGGCCGACGCGCCCGCCACGGCCGAGGUGCUGCGGGGCACCGGGGUCAUGUACCGCCACCUGGCCUUCCGCCCGGAGGAGAACUUCACCACCGCCGCCGCCGAGGCCCACGCGCAGCGCAACGCCGCGCUCGCCCACGUCGAGAAGCACCGCCUCUCCGGCGUCGUCCACUUCGCCGACGCCGCCGGCGUCUACGACACCCACUUCUUCGAGGAGAUCCGCCAGAUCGAGGCGUUUGGCACAUGGCCGGUGGCAACGAUGUCCGCUGGCGAGAAGAAGGUAGUGGUCGAGGGCCCACUGUGCAGCGCCUCGAAGGUAGUCGGCUGGUUCUCGAGGAACUUCAAUGAUGGUACCACCCGUUCAGUGACAUAUAACACUGAGGUUGACUUGAAUCCUGCCGGUGCUGCUGGCACGCGAGCCCACACAAUCGAUGUAUCAGGAUUUGCGUUCAACAGUUCUAUUUUGUGGGACCCUGAGCGGUGGGGACGACCGACGUCAUUACCGGACACUUCCCAGGACUCGAUCAAGUUUGUGCAAGAGGUGGUGCUGGAGGACCGGACAAAGCUGAAGGGGAUCCCCUCCGACUGCUCCCAGAUCAUGGUGUGGCAGUAUGAUGUGCCCAGUAGCCCCAACACUCCGAAAACCAAAACCAAAACCGCCACCCUGAAAACCCACCAUAGAAGAAGGUAGGGAGGAGGGGGAUGAGACUGAACAGGAGAAAAAUCUUGCGCGGAGAAGAACAGUGUUGGAGUGGAGUUGAUGUAAGUAAAUGUGGCGAAAACAUAAAAGGAGAAAGGAGGAAGGUUGCUGCUUACACCAAGUUUUUUUUUUCUUUCUCUCAAUUUUGUCAUUUUUUCCCGUGGGGGGUCAUGAAUUGUCCUCUGGAAAUGGAAAUCGACCCCCGGGCCAUAGUAUUAUUUAUUCAGAUUAUUAUUUUACCUGUGAUUCUUUAACCCCGACCGCCCCUCCUCGCUCCUCCGGGUUAUCUCUCGCGGAUUCCCCGUCUGUGGAGCGCAAGCGUGCAAUAAUAAGCUGUGUAGAAAGUUUGAGAAAUCUUGCAGAUGAAAUGAUGAAUUCA